AUGUUAAAUGACCUGGUUGGGUUCAUUGUAGCCCUGGUGGCUCUAAAGGUGUCAGAGACGACGGAGUCUCCAAGAUCUUUAUCCUUCGGGUGGCAACGAGCCCAGUUGCUUGGCGCUUUCUUCAAUGGAGCACUUCUUUUCGCUCUGGGAAUCAGCGUCUUUUUCCAAUCCAUUGAACGUUUUGUCUCUCUGCAGCGUGUUGACAACCCAAAGCUCAUGCUUAUCAUGGGAUCUAUUGGCCUGGGCCUUAAUAUUGUCAGUGCUGCAUUUAUUCAUGAACAUCACCACCAGCAUCACCACCACCACAGUCACAACCAUAGGGCUCCACCGGGGCUAGAAACCCCUAACAGCGAUAAUGAGUCAAAUUAUUGUGAGCACCAUAGCCAUAAGCACCAGCUGCAAAGCACUCGAGCAAAAACCCAUAGACAUGAUCUCGGAAUGAUGGGUGUUUUGCUCCACGUCAUUGGUGACGCCAUUAAUAAUCUCGGCGUGAUGGCAGCCGCCUCUGUCAUCUGGCAGACACACUAUGAAGGACGAUACUAUGCUGACCCGGCAACCAGCAUGGGGAUCGCUAUCAUGAUCAUCAUAUCUUCUAUUCCGCUGGCGCGAAGAUCCGGUCUUAUAUUGUUGGAAAGUGCACCUACCGAAGUUGAUCCUGCAGAUGUCAAGCAUGAUUUGGAAAAGAUCCCCGGCGUGGUCUCCACGCAUGAGCUCCACAUCUGGCGUCUUAACCAGCAGAAGACUCUGGCGUCUGUCCACAUAGUAGUCUCUGACCCUUCCGUGUCCCAUUUCCUGAAGCUGGCCAAGAUCAUCAACGAGUGUUUUCAUGCGUAUGGGAUACACUCCGCCACGCUCCAGCCCGAGAUAGCACCGCCAAGAGAGAUCAUCAUGGUCGGGAAGGAACCGGAGAAGGCCCAGACCGAGGAGAUGGAGGUGCAGAGAGGAUCGCUGGAGAGAUGCCAGAAUAGACAUCUCCUUGUGGUUCUCGAUUUCAUGAUGUCCGUCGAAGGUUGGAAAUUACAAGCCCAGAAAGCACAAAAUAUCCUCCAAAACUCCAUUCCUACACAAUGGCUUCUCCCCACCGAUCGAUUACCCCCCACCACCCAGAAAAACGUCGAGGAUUUCCCUCGAAAGAGUGGUCUGUUUAAUGAACGAGAGCUCGCCAUCACCAACAUGUCCGCCACAGCCCUUGUGGCAGAGAUGGGAACCGGUCUCUUGAGCGCCGAGGAGGCGGUGGUGGCGUUUUUGAAGCGUGCCGUCUUGGGCCAUCAGUUGCUUAACUUUGCAACAGAGUUCAUGGCAGAAAAGGCGAUUUCGCGCGCCAGGGAGCUGGAUGAAUACUAUAAACGUACAGGGAAACUGGUAGGACCGCUGCACGGUGUCCCGAUUAGCGUGAAGGAACACAUUGGAUUCAAAGAUCGUACUUGCAAUGGCGGCUAUGUGGCAUGGGUGGACAACAUCGCCCAACAAGAUGCGCUGAUUCUGCAGUACCUGGAGAAGGCAGGAGCCGUUUUCCACGUCCGAACAAAUCAACCUCAGUCCUUGAUGCAUUUAGACUGCAGCAACAAUAUCACGGGUACAACCACCAACCCAUUCAACCGCACUCUCACGCCUGGAGGCUCCUCCGGUGGCGAAGGUGCAUCAAUGGGGUUUAAAUGCGCCCCGUUAGGCGUUGGUUCAGACAUCGGAGGCUCGAUUCGUGCCCCGGCUGCCUUUUGCGGCGCAUAUGGAUUCCGGCCCACGAUGCGACGGAUCCCAUGUACUGGGGUCUUAGCCCCAGUACUUGGUCAAGAGUCUAUUCUCGGUGUGGUCGGUCCUCUGGCAAGUCAGAGCAUUGAGGACUUAGAGCUCUUUCUUCGUGUCGUCGCGGACCAGGAACCAUGGGAUGUUGAAACCUCUCUAAUCCCAGCUCCUUGGAAACGAGCCACGUCUACUAGAAAUAUGACAGUGGCUAUUAUGUGGGACGAUGGAUGUGUGCAUCCUCACCCACCGGUAACCCGCGGCCUGAAGCACGCCAAAAAGCUGCUCCAAGCAGCAGGAAUUCGAGUCGUGGAUUGGGAGCCAUAUAAACACGCUCACGGGUGGGAAAUAGUGUCCUCAUUAUACUUCCCCGACGCCGCCGAAAGCCAACGUACCAUCCUCGCUCAAUCAGGGGAACCAAUUCACCCCCUAACUGAAUGGGCCUUCAACCACGGUAGUAGGAAGUCACUCACAAUCGCCGAGAACUGGGCCCUCAAUGCGCAGCGCGAUCAGUAUCGUGACGAAUACCACGCUCUCAUGAAAUCCCGCGACGUGGAUUUCAUCCUCAGUCCCGCGUACGUGGGCGUUGCGUCUGCGCUGGGAGAGGCCCAGUACUGGAAUUACACGGCGAUUUGGAAUAUCCUGGAUCAACCGGCUGCGGUAUUUCCAUCUGGGUUGGUGGUUGAUUCGGCGUUGGAUCAAGUUGAUGGGGAUUAUUCGCCGAAGAAUGAAGUGGACGAGCGUGAAUGGAGGAAAUAUAGCCCGGAGAAGUAUGAAGGAGCGCCCAUUGGGUUGCAGUUAACGGGCAAGCAUUUCAAGGAUGAGGAGACGUUGGCUGCUGCUGGGCUUAUCUCGAGGAUUGUUCAAGGACAGAUCUGA